AUGAAGAGGCUAAACUUUAAGUCCAACAAGGAGACAUCUCGACGGUACACCCUCGAACAACAGGACCGGUAUGUCGAAGUCAUGGAGCAGGUCCAACCAGCCAAGAAGAAGGUAGGCAACCUGUUGAAGCUAGACCUGGUUGGUCAGAGCAAUUCCACGCACACGAAGCCGGCCAAGCGCGAGGGCCACCUCUUCGAACACUUCAUCGUGGUCGGCCCGUCGGCUUUGAGCAUGGAGCCAUCGUCAUCUUCGUCAUCUUCAUCAUCGUCCACUUCCACCUCCUCGUCAUCGACAUCGCUAACCGAUCUCGCUGGCAUCAUCUCGUCAUCGUCGUCCACAUCGCCCUCGCCAUCAUCACCGUCGUCCCGCCCGCGGUCGAGGCUGCUGACAUUGACCCGACCAACCCAACCGCCCGCGCCCGCGCCCGCGCCCUUCGCCGUCGCCGCCGAAGACGUGCGGGCGCCCGAACUGAUCUUCAAAUUCCCCAACAUUCCGCUGUCGUCGGACCAGGUCGGCCGCUUCUGCUUCCCGCACGGCGUGCCGACCAAGGACAUCCUGGCCUCGCACUCGAUGAGCGCCGAAAACGAGAUCGUCUUUGACUCGCUCAAGCGGAUCCAGAGCUCCCACUUCUCCUACGUGUUCCGCAUCACCGCCGGCGACACGGUCCUCUACGGCGUCUGCGUUCGUCGCCUCGAAAUGCUCGAGAGGAGGCCGACGUUCGCGAGGAAGGCGGCGCCGGUGGUGAUUGCUACGACGCCCGAAGGCAAUCAGGAGGUGGCUGUGGGGGAAGAUAUGGGCGAGCGGGAGGAGGUGGGGGUGGAGGGCGCGGUGCGCUCGCGCGGCGGCCAACGGACCAACAAGACCAGCACGCUCCGCUGCUACUGCCUCCUCUCCCGCUUCCCCUUCUUCGAACUCCACUUCUCCGUCCUCUACAGCGUUCUGGCGGCCGAGCGACUGCUGCAGAUCGGAAUGAGCGGGCUGGACGACGACGACGAGCUGCUGCAGCAGCCGACGACGCCGCCCGCGAAGGUCACCGGAAACGGCGGCGCUGUUGACCCGUUGAGCGGCUUCGCGGACGACAACAUGGUGAUCCAGGUGGUCAAGGCCUACUACGAGGUCCUCCUCAACGAGGAAGCCGCGGCGUCGGGCCUCUCCUUCACCCUCCCCGACCCCCUCCAGCAGAACUACACCUGUCCGGUGGGUGACGAGGACACGAUGAUGGCCGAGUGGGGCGUGCCGUGCAUCUGCCGGGCGUUUUCGCUCACCGACUUCAUGUUCCUCCUGCGCGCGCUCCUCACCGAAUGCUCCGUCAUCGUCGUCUGCGAAAACCUGGGCGUCCUCUCCUGCAUCAUGCUGUCGAUGGCCACGCUGCUGCGACCGUUCGUGUGGCAGGGCGUGUUCAUUCCGAUCCUGCCGGCGGGGUUGAUCGAGGUGAUCGAGUCGCCGGUGCCCUACCUGGUGGGCGUGCAGCGGCUCGAGGGCGAGCGGCUGCGGACGGUCGGUGAGUGCCUGGUCGUCAAUUGCAACACCAACUCGCUCCUCCUACCGCCCGUCUUCCCGCCCUUCCCCUUCGACGCCAAACUGAAGCGAGAGCUGAAGCAGGUGUACGCCGAGUUGGCGCCCAAUGCGGGCAACGCGAAGGCGGAUGAGAAGAACACAACCGACUGGACCCUCUACCCGACCCGCAACACGCCUGCCGACAAGCUCGCCGUCCACCGACUCCUUGCGGUGUUGCGUUCGUUCCACCAGGAGCUGAUGGACAGCAUCACAGAAAAGAUCGCCGUGGUGGGCCUCGUGGACUUCAACUUCGAGAACGAGAAGCACAUGGCCGACCUCCUCAAGCUGUGGACCAAAGAGGAGGCGCGACAGUUCUUCCAGCGGCUGCUGCAGUCGCAGAUGUUCGCAAUGUUCUCGGACAUGCUUAUGCGCGCGCUGUGGGAGAAGGAGAGCGAGCGGCAGCGCAACGUGCUCGACCAGAUCCUGGCCAUGCUGGGCGAGGAGGACCGCCAGCAGGCCGGCAUCGUGUCGGUGCUCAAGAUCUACGAGACGCUCAACGAGGCCGACCUGGAAGAGACCGCGCGCCUCGAGGCCACGCUCCGCCAGUCGUCGUCGCGCAUCUCGUCUCUGGCCGACUCCAAGCGCAAGGUCGAGGCCGAGCUGCGAGCCCUCGCGGCUCGCCUGGCCCGACUCGGCGACCAUCACAUCAAUGACAACGGUGACGACGAUGACAAGCGAAACGACGUUGGCGAGGGAGGUGAGGGUUGA